AUUACCCUCGCGGAGUCGCGCUUACAUUAUAGCAUGUUAUUGUUUUCUUCUGAUUGUUUUUUUACUAGAAAUAUCUAAAUUUUAAACUUGAGCGUAAGUAUAUUUUAAAAGAAUGUGGCGUGGAAAUGCGUAAAUAUGUAUAUAAGUUUAAAGAAGUGUAGAAUUGAACACGAGCUUUAUGGAUUUUAUGCUUAAAUGAAAUCCUGUGCGUUUAUUAUCCAUGAAGCUUUGGGCUGUUUUAGUUUAAGUGCUGAAUUAAAUUUAUUUAUUAAAUAACUUUUUUUUAGUUGUAAAAAUGUAGCUAGACCUCGCAGUGCCAUAUGUGAAGGAAGAAGCUUUCAGUCAUUUGAUUGAGAAAUCCAGGACUCAGAUUCGAGGAAUGCAGUGCAGCUUCUACAAUGAACGACAUGAACCUCAGUCCGGUGGGCAUGGACCAGCUCAGCGUGUCCUCCGUCAGUGCCAGUCAUUUGGGGCUUCCUACCUCGCCCACUCACAGCCACAACCCCAUCACCACUCCAGGAAUGCCGGUGGCUAUACCGAGCCUAGGGCCGUCUCUGGGGCCGCUGCCCUCUGCGCUCUCCCUGAUGUUACCCAUGGGGCCUUUAGGAGACCGAGGAGUGAUGUGUGGACUUCCUGAGAGGAACUACACCCUGCCUCCUCCUCCGUACCCUCACCUGGAGAGCAGCUACUUCAGACAUAUUCUACCAGGUAUUUUGUCGUACCUGGCCGAUCGUCCUCCUCCUCAGUACAUCCACCCCAGCAGCCUUAACAUGGACGCCACUCUGUCCGUCGCCAACAGCAACCCUUCAUCUCUCGACCCCUACAGCGGUGCAGGAGGACAUUUAGAACAAAGCCUGGUGUCUAUAGACUCGCGACAGGCAGAGCUCCACCAGGGCGGCGCUCAUGAGGUGCAACUGGAUGCCGGCCUGGCGAUGGAAUCGCGUGUGAACAGUCCCAUGUCUCCAGACGGCAUGGGGGAAGAGCUGGCCAACAUGGAUGGCGUGGUGGUGAGCGCAGACUCCCAGCAGCCCCUCGGAGGUAGGAAUCAGCCCCACGAGAGCCUGGAGGGAGGCGUCAUGGCUUUGCACGGCCCUGGGCUGGAGCUGCCUGUGGUGAUGGAGCAGGAGCACAUGAGCGGACGUGUGGGGAGCAGCUCAGGACCCGGAGCUCCUGGAGCUCUGAGUGAAGCUCUACACACUAACGGUGAGCUGAACUCUGGUGUGGUCAGCGUAGUGCUUACCGGUGCCAUGGCGACGCAGACGCAGCUCGAACCCGUAUCGCUGCACAGCUCAGGCAUGGGGCUGGAGCCCGUAAACGUGUCCCCAAUCACCGCUGAGGUCUCGCUCGGCCCGGACAGCAGUCUCGUCCUGGUCAACUCUACGCUGCAGCUGGAGAACGCCACCGUCGUCAACAAGAACAUCAACGCUGCUUUCACCAUUUGGUGCACUUUGUGUGAGCGCUCCUACAGCUCUGACUGUCCCGAACACGGUCCCGCCACCUUCAUCCCAGACACGCCCAUUCAGAGCAGAGCCCGCCUCUCGUUGCCCCACCCACUGUGCCUCCGCGUGUCUGUAGCCGAUGAGCCGAACGGGGUGUUUGCACGAGAGACGAUUCCCAGCAGGACCUGCUUUGGCCCCAUGGUAGGACAACACUGCAGCAGUGUCGAGCUCUCCGGCUGGACCGAUAAAGACACGCCUCAGCUCUGGAAAAUAUUCCACAACGACAUCUUGGAGUUCUGUAUAGUGACGACGGAUGAAAACGAAUGCAGCUGGAUGAUGUUUGUGAGGAAAGCGAGGACGACGGAGGAGCAGAACCUGGUGGCGUACAUCGAUAACGGGAAGUUGUUCUUCUGUACGUCCCGAGAGAUCCUCCCUGAGCAGGAGCUGUUCUUUUAUUACAGUCGGGAAUACAGCAGACUGCUGGGCGUUCCCCACGUUCCAGAGGGACAAAUCUGCCACUGUGGAAAAGAGUGCACCUCCUUCUCUGAGUUCAAAGCCCACCUCAACAGUCACGCCCACAGCCACAGCCCCUCCCAGGAAGAUCCGACUCAUGGCGUACACGGUCAGCCACACCCCCAGGAUAAGCUGACCAGCGAGGCCCCCAGCAGCAGCUCGUCUCCGUCAUGGCAGUGCCAGGCUCAGGGCGAAGCUCAGUCCAGCAGAAACGGUCAGCGUCAUGGCCGAGAGAGGAAGUUUAAAUGCAGCAUGUGCUCGCGAGCCUUUACCACAUCCACCAAACUCAAUGUGCACUUCAUGGGUCAUAUGGGUGUGAGGCCACACAAGUGCAGCUACUGCAGCAAAGCCUUCAGCGACCCAAGUAACCUGAGGAUGCACCUGAGAAUCCACACAGGUCAGAAGAACUUCAGGUGCAAUGUGUGUGGAAAAUCCUUUACCCAGAAAGCCCACGUAGCAUCUCACAUGGUCAUUCAUUCGGGAACCAAGAACAUCAAGUGUGACCACUGUGACAAGACGUUCAACAGGAAACAGGACCUUAAGCAGCACAUGUAUUCACACUCGCUCGACCGUCAAAUUAACUGCCCAAAGUGCGACAAGCAGUUCCUCAAAACCGACCACUUAAAGAAGCACCUCAACUCCCAUGAAGGGAAACGGGACUUCAUCUGUGAGAAAUGCAACAAGGGCUUCCUGACCAAGUACCAUCUGACACGCCACCUGAAAAUCUGCAAAGGCCCAAAGACAGGCAGGGGAGCGGUUCAUGAAGAAGAUGGCGAGGAGGAAGACGGCGACGAGGAAGAAGAACCGGACGAAGAACAGGAACGAGAUUUAAGAGAACCAGACGAGAGAAAAGAUUGUGACAUUGGCGUGGAGGAGUUUUCCUCUGAUAAGACUCUGUAACCUUUCACUGUGAGCUGCUUCACAUUACACUAAAAUUUAUUUACCGUUGAUUCAGUUUACGUUCUGUUUUACCUUCCGAGAUGCCAAAUUAUAUGGACGCUCUGGUAUAUGGAACAGUUCAUGAGUAUGAGACUUGUUCGGCUCAGCGGAUGUUUCUGGUGGUCAGAAAAAAUCACACGCUGUAUCUGAAACACUGACAUUUUAUUGUGUAUCAGUUUAGUAUGAGGUCAGUUUCAUUUUGCCUUAGUUGUUAUUUAUUUGUAUGAUGUCAGUGAGUAAAGCCACCUUAGAAUAUGAACUGGGGUCAUUUAUAAAUAAAUUAAUUUCUAUAAA